CCGGAGGCGCGGAGGCCGGAGGCACCAGUGGCGGGGGGGCGGUUCAGCUCCAGAGCUCGUCCCUCACACCCCCAUACUCCGUGGUAGGAGCCGGGACCCAAACAAAGGCGGGCGGCGAAUAAAAGGCGACCGAGGCGCUUAGUGCUCCGGUUGCGCGCCGGGGACCGAGAUUGGCACCAAGCGGUCCGUAGUCUACACGCCCUGAGCCGAGCGGGGAACGCCGGCCUCCUGCACCCCGAGGAGCUUCCCCUGAGACCCCCACGAAGGGACAAGUCUGCGUGGCGGGGCCCCUAUCCCUUCGGCGGGUCCCCUCCAGCGUCCGCGGCUCUGCGCAGCUUAGCUCGGCCAGCCGAGGCUAUGGACUCUGAGGAUGACCCCCUGCUGCAGGACGUGUGGCUAGAGGAGGAGCAGGAGGAGGAAGAAGCAGCAGGCGAGGCCCUUAGCAGGGCCCAGAAUUCGAGGCCCCGUCCUGGGGCAGGGGGGCAGUGUUGCUGGCGGCGCUGGACUCUGCCUUCGGGGCCCCCAGCCACGGGCUUCUGGAGUACCCUGGGCUGGGCCUUCACCAACCCGUGCUGUGCGGGGCUGGUGCUCUUCCUGGGCUGCAGCAUCCCCAUGGCCCUGUCGGCCUUCAUGUUCCUCUACUACCCGCCCCUGGACAUCGACAUCUCCUACAACGCCUUUGAGAUCCGCAACCACGAGGCCUCGCAGCGUUUUGACGCCCUCGCUCUGGCACUCAAGUCCCAGUUUGGAUCCUGGGGACGCAACCGGCGCGACUUGGCUGACUUCACCUCUGAGACGCUUCAACGCCUCAUCUCGGAGCAGUUGCAGCAGCUGCAUCUCGGCAAUCGCUCCCGGCAGGCCGCCAGAGCCCCGCGCUCGGUUCCCGCGGCCGCCCGGGACACCUCCGCGGCCCAAAAGCCAGCAGCCAAUCGGAGCAGGCGUCUUCCGCGUGACGCCCCGCCCCUGGCGGAUCUGGCAGCCAACCAGAGUGAAGCCCCGAAGGACCCUCGGCCAGAUCCGAAUGGACAACGCCAGCCCAGCACCACGCCCCCCGCGGCCGUCGCGGCCAAUCAGAGCCGCUCCCGCCGGGGCGCCUCGCGCUGGGACUACUCACGCACGUACGUGAGCGCCAACACCCAGACGCACGCGCACUGGCGCAUCGAGCUCAUCUUCCUGGCUCGCGGCGACGCGGAGCGCAACAUCUUCACCAGCGAGAGGCUGGUCACCAUCCAUGAGAUCGAGCGCAAGAUCAUGGACCACCCGGGCUUCCGGGAGUUCUGCUGGAAGCCCCACGAGGUGCUCAAGGACCUGCCGCUGGGCUCCUACUCCUACUGCUCCCCGCCCAGCUCGCUGAUGACCUACUUCUUCCCCACCGAGAGGGGCGGCAAGAUCUACUACGACGGCAUGGGCCAGGACCUAGCCGACAUCCGGGGCUCUCUAGAGCUGGCCAUGACUCACCCUGAGUUCUACUGGUACGUGGAUGAGGGCCUCUCUGCAGACAACCUGAAGAGCUCCCUCCUGCGCAGUGAGAUCCUGUUUGGAGCACCCCUGCCCAACUACUACUCGGUGGAUGACCGCUGGGAGGAGCAACGGGCCAAGUUUCAGAGCUUCGUCGUCACCUAUGUGGCCAUGCUAGCCAAGCAGUCUACUAGCAAAGUCCAGGUGCUCUACGGGGGCACGGACCUCUUUGACUACGAGGUGCGCAGGACCUUCAACAACGACAUGCUGCUGGCCUUCAUCAGCAGCAGCUGCAUAGCCGCCCUGGUCUACGUCCUCACCUCCUGCUCAGUGUUCCUGUCCUUCUUCGGGAUCGCCAGCAUCGGCCUCAGCUGCCUGGUGGCGCUCUUCCUGUACCACGUGGUCUUUGGCGUUCAGUACCUGGGCAUCCUCAACGGGGUGGCAGCCUUCGUGGUCGUGGGCAUUGGUGUGGACGACGUCUUUGUGUUCAUCAACACCUACCGCCAGGCCACCCACCUGGAGGACCCGCAGCUGCGCAUGGUCCACACCAUCCAGACGGCCGGCAAGGCCACCUUCUUCACCUCCCUGACCACGGCCGCCGCCUACGCGGCCAACGUCUUCUCCCAGGUGGGGGACCUGCCCCAUCCCUGUCCCAGCCUCCCUGGCCCCCUGCGGGGCUGCCCUCCCCGUAGUUGCCACCAGAAAUGCGGCCACAAGAGCUCCUUGCACUUCCCUGGGGACGUGUUUGCCACCCCUGAGCGGGCAGGGGGCAGCCCUGGCCAGGGCCCCAUGCCCUACCUGGACGACGACAUCCCCUUGCUGAGCGUCGAGGAGGAGCCGGUGUCCCUGGAGCUGGGAGAUGUGUCGCUGGUGUCCGUGCCCCCAGAGGGCCUGCAGCCGUGCCCUGGCAGGGGCAGCCGGGACCAGCUCCUGGUGCAGCUGCAGGAGCUGCUGAACCACUGGGCCCUGUGGUCCGCCGUCAAGAGCCGCUGGGUGGUCGUGGGGCUCUUCGUCUCCAUCCUUGUCCUGUCCCUGGUGUUCGCCAGCCGCCUCCGCCCCGCCAGCCGCGCCCCUCUGCUCUUCCGGCCGGACACCAACAUCCAGGUGCUGCUGGACCUCAAGUACAACCUGAGCGCCGAGGGCAUCUCCUGCAUCACCUGCUCAGGUCUGUUCCAGGAGAAGCCCCACAGCCUGCAGAACAGCAUCCGGACGUCCCUGGAGAAAAGGAAGCGGGGCUCUGGGGCCCCCUGGGCCAGCCGGCCUGAGGCCAGUCCGCAGGACUCCCUGGGCACCGUGUACAUCUCCAAAGUAAAGAGUAAAGGCCACCCCGCCAUCUACAGGCUCUCCCUCAACGCCAGCCUGCCCGCGCCCUGGCAGGCCGUGGCCCCUGGGGACGGAGAGGUGCCCUCCUUCCAGGUGAGCUGGCUGCUGCCAGUGGCCGUGUCCCCCCGGGCCUGUCCCCUGCAGCCUCCUGGCUCCUCGUCAUGGCCUGCGUGCCUUGCCUCCCCAGGUCCUCCUGGCCUUCCCAGCCUCAGCCCUGGCCUCCCUUGCCUCCACAGGAAGCUGUACUUUGCCCAGUCCCACAAGCCCCCCUUCCACGGGCGCGUGUGUGGUGCACCUCCCGGCUGCCUGCUCAGCGCCAGCCCUGAUGGGCCCACCAAGGGCUUCUUCUACGUGCCUAGUGAGAGAGUGCCCAAGGCCCGCCUCUCGGCCACCUUUGGCUUCAACCCCUGCGUGAACACGGGCUGCGGGAAGCCGGCAGUGCGGCCUCUAGUGGACACAGGGGCCAUGGUCUUCGUGGUCUUUGGCAUCAUUGGCCUCAACCGCACCCGGCAGGUGGACAACCAUGUCAUUGGGGACCCGGUAGGUGGGCCCGCUCUGGGCAGGUGCCACAGGGCCCUGGACAGGCUAGCAGAGGAGCACCAGCCCUGGGCCUCUAGCCCCACACCCUCCUGGCUCCUCGGGCUUCACCACCCCAGAAGGACCCCCAGGGGACCCCCCAGGGCAGAUUUGACAGCCCAGCCCGGAGACCAGCAGCCUGCGGACAGUGACGCAGCUGCGAUGGGAACCGCGGGGACUUGGGAGCCCAAGAAGGCCCAUCCAGGUCCUGCCACUGUCCCACGAGCCGUGUCCCCACAGACCACGUACAAGGGCAAGUCCUCCUUCCAGACCCACUCCGACUACCUGCGCUGGGAGGGCUUCCUCCGGCAGCAGCUGCAGAGCUUCCCGGAGGGCUCGGCCCUGCGCCGUGGCUUCCAGACCUGCGAGCACUGGAAGCAGAUCUUCAUGGAGAUCAUAGGGGUGCAGAGCGCCCUGUACGGCCUGGCCCUGUCCCUGCUCAUCUGCGUGGCCGCGGUGGCCGUGUUCACCACCCACAUCCUGCUGCUGCUGCCUGUGCUCCUGAGCAUCCUAGGCAUCGUGUGCCUGGUGGUGACCAUCAUGUACUGGAGUGGCUGGGAAAUGGGCGCGGUGGAAGCCAUCUCCCUGUCCAUCCUGGUGGGCUCCUCCGUGGAUUACUGCGUCCAUCUGGUGGAGGGCUACCUGCUGGCCGGAGAGAACCUGCCCCCCCACCAGGCUGAGGAUGCCCGCUCGCAGCGCCAGUGGCGGACGUUGGAGGCCGUGCGGCACGUGGGUGUGGCCAUCGUGUCCAGCGCUCUCACCACGGUCAUCGCCACCGUGCCCCUGUUCUUCUGCAUCAUCGCCCCGUUCGCCAAAUUCGGCAAGAUCGUGGCGCUCAACACGGGCGUGUCCAUCCUGUACACGCUCACCGUCAGCACCGCCUUGCUGGGCAUCAUGGCCCCCGGCUCCUUCACCCGGACCAGGACUUCCUUCCUCAAGGCCCUGGGUGCUGUCCUGUUGGCGGGGGCCCUGGGGCUGGGCACCUGCCUUGUGCUCCUGCGCAGUGGCUAUAAGAUCCCUCUGCCCAGCGGGGCUGCCCUAUAGCCCUGCACCUGUGCCUGACUCGAGCACCUUGCCCUGGCCCGUGGGGACCAACUGCACUCUGCGACCCCAGAGGCUCCUUGUCCCCCAGCCUCGCUCCAGCUACUUCCAGUCCUCGGCCUGGCCAAGCAGAUGUCCACACGGUGUGGACCACACUGCCUUUAGCCCUGCCAGAGCCCAAGCCGAGGACGAAGCUGGCCACUGCACCCAGCCAAUGCAGCCGGCUCUCUGGGCUGUGCUGCAUGGCAGGGGCCAGCCCUCCUCCCGGGCCUGGUCACCACGGGCCGGGCUGUUUCUAGAGUGUCCUUCACACUGCCUCAGUGCUCACAGCCUCCCAGGGCUGCUUGUGGCCCCCUUUCUACAAUGUGGAGCUGAGAGGCCCAGAGGCAAAGCGGCUGCCCUGUGGCUGGUCAGGGCACAGCCAGGGCUGCCUCCCGGGGCCUCCCUGAGCCUUGCAGGAGGAGCACGGGUUCCACUCCCCUGGCCUCCCCUCCUCACAGCUCUAUGGGGCCAGUGCCAGAUGACCCUGUGGUCCUCGCCAUGGGGGACAGAGGGGCCUGGCCUGGGUUGUGCAUGUCCUACCCCAGCCCUGGCCUCUUGGCUCCUCCAAGACUCUCCUCUGGGGCUUUGGGCCCAGCACAGACUCCCCCAAGUCCAAGCCCACCUCCCCAACUUGGCACCAAGAGUGGAUGUCUUGGUGGGCGGCCUCAGUGGGAGGAGCUGGCCGUGCCUGCGCUGCCUCUUGGCAGAUGGUUCUAUUAAAGUGAGAUGGAGCCGCGGAGCCGCUAUUGACACGAGCA